GUCUCUUGCGUCAAGACGGCCGUGCUGAGCGAAUGCAGGCGCCUGGCGAGCUGGGAGCGAUUUAAAACGCUUUGGAUUCCCCGGGCCUGGGUGGGGAGACCGAGCUGGGUGCCCCCUAGAUUCCCCGCCCCCGCACCUCAUGAGCCGACCCUCGGCUCCAUGGAGCCCGGCAAUUAUGCCACCUUGGAUGGAGCCAAGGACAUCGAAGGCUUGCUGGGAGCGGGAGGUGGGCGGAAUCUGGUCGCCCACUCCCCUCUGACCAGCCACCCAGCGGCGCCUACGCUGAUGCCUGCUGUCAACUAUGCCCCCUUGGAUCUGCCAGGCUCGGCGGAGCCGCCAAAGCAAUGCCACCCAUGCCCCGGGGUGCCCCAGGGGACGUCCCCAGCUCCCGUGCCUUAUGGCUACUUUGGAGGCGGGUACUACUCCUGCCGAGUUUCCCGGAGCUCACUGAAACCCUGUGCCCAGGCAGCCACCCUGGCUGCCUACCCCGCGGAGAAUCCCACGGCCGGGGAAGAGUACCCCAGCCGCCCUACUGAGUUUGCCUUCUAUCCGGGAUAUCCGGGAACCUACCAGCCUAUGGCCAGUUACCUGGACGUGUCUGUGGUGCAGACUCUGGGUGCUCCCGGGGAACCGCGACAUGACUCCCUGUUGCCCGUGGACAGUUACCAGUCCUGGGCUCUCGCUGGUGGCUGGAACAGUCAGAUGUGUUGCCAGGGAGAACAGAACCCACCAGGUCCCUUCUGGAAGGCAGCAUUUGCAGACUCCAGCGGGCAGCACCCUCCUGACGCCUGCGCCUUUCGUCGCGGCCGCAAGAAACGCAUUCCAUACAGCAAGGGGCAGUUGCGGGAGCUGGAGCGGGAGUAUGCGGCUAACAAGUUCAUCACCAAGGACAAGAGGCGCAAGAUCUCGGCAGCCACCAGCCUCUCGGAGCGCCAGAUUACCAUCUGGUUUCAAAACCGCCGGGUCAAAGAGAAGAAGGUUCUUGCCAAGGUGAAGAACAGCGCUACUCCUUAAAGAGAUCUCCUUGCCUGGGUGGGAGGAGGGAAAGUGGGGGGUGUCCUGGGGAGACCAGGAACCUGCCAAGCCCAGGCUGGAGCCAAGGACUCUGCUGAGAGGCCCCUAGAGACAACAUCCUUCCCAGGCCACUGGCUCCUGGACUGUUCCUCAGGAGUGGCCUGGGUACCCAGUAUGUGCAGGGAGAGGGAAGCCCCUUGUGACAGCCCACUCCACCAGGGUCCCCAGAGAACCUGUCCCAGUCAUCAGCAUUCAUCCUGACAGUGGCGAUAAUCACGAUAACCAGUACUAGCUGCCAUGAUCAUUAGCCUCAUAUUUUCUAUCUAGAGCUCUGUAGAGCACUUUAGAAACUGCUUUCAUGAAUUGAGCUGAUUAUGAAUAAACUUGGAAGGCGAUCCCCUUGCAGGGAA